CAAAAAUCUCUGUUUCAUCUGCGCUUUAAUUUGAAAGUGUCGUAGUCAUGGCAGCAGGGGCGGUGUCAGCUCCCCUCAUCAUUCCCAUCAUCCACCUGCAGACACACAGAGCCAAGAACCACAUCAACACCGGCACACCUGUCUCCAUCCAGUCAGACACUCCUGGAGUUCUGAUCUUCUUCACUCUGGACGGGUCGAGGCCGGCGGCGGGGCAGCGGGGGUCAGCGGGCAGCAGGAAGUACAGCGAGCCCAUCCUGCUGCCUGCUGGGCGGGUGGCUGUCAGAGCUGUAGCUGUCACCAGCGAUGGCAGAGAGAGCUCCACGGUGACGAAGGUUUUCUCAGUUGAACUCGUGGAUUCAGACGACAGGAAGGGGACCGAGGAGAACCUCCUGCAGAGCGACCAACAGGUUCCUAAACAUCCUCACACACAAUCCAGACUACAUUUCCCAUCAGGCCCGGACCUCCCUGCUCCUGCAGAGGAUCAGCUGGUUGACAAGCCGAGGAUGAUGGGAAACGUCUCUCCUCAGUCCGGUCCUCGUUUUCUGAAGAGUCGACUGGGUUCCCCGAACACCGCCACCCAAACUGGAUCCUCACGACGCCCCCAGUCAGCAGGUUCAGGUGUGCUGAAGCAGCUGAGCAGCACGCAGACGUCCCAAGUCAACCGAGAGACAGACUUCCUGCGGUGUGCUCGGUGUUUGAGUUUUCGUCCUUCAGAUCCAUUCGCUCGGUUCUGUUCUCAGUGUGGAGCUGCAGUUCCUCCGUUACCUGAACAGAGACUGCCCCCUGCUGAAGGAGGACAGGUGGUUUGCUGUGUGUUCUGUAACACUCUGGUUCCUGUCAACACCCAGACCUGUUUAAUCUGCGAGGCCUCCAUCAAUCAGCAGGUCCAACCACAGUCCAGCAUCACACUGCAGGAUCAUGUGGUGUGUGUUUGCUGUGGAAGUGGAAAUCCAACACACAUGUCCAGCUGCUUGACCUGCGAGAGCCUCCUGCAGCCAGCAGAGUGUGUAAGGAACAGCGCCCCCUCUGUCCCGUCAGCAGACAGCAGGAAGUUGUCCUGCUCCAAAUGUAAACGUAUAAACCAUCGUGAUGCCAGAUACUGCGACUGGUGCGGCUCAAAGCCUGGUCAUGCAGCUAGCUGUGUGAUCUGCUGGCGGUGUGGAGCGAGUGGACACCCGUACGCCUUUCACUGUGCAGCAUGCGGCGUCUUCCUGGAAGCACCGGCCCCACCCACAUCCGACAGUGAAAUCACACGACCUGAUGGGGGCACCGCCACCAAUCGGGCUUCAGCCUCGACUUCCCAUGAAGCCACCUGGCAGGCCAUGUCAUCAUCGGACCCCGCCCCGAGGGUGGGGUCGACCACACCCACUGCAGAGCAGUGCACGCAGACUGUUGGACUCUAUUACCCAUCAGCCACUGAGCUGCAGAGGAAGGAGCAACAGAGAGCGCUACAGCUCAGCAGGCAGCAGGCAACCAGAGACCGCCGGCCACCACUGACCGCCAUCAGCCCAGGCAGAGGUUACUGGAGGAAGCAGCUGGAUCACGUCUGUGCUCACCUGAGGAGUUACGCUCAGAACAAUGCCCCCUUCAGGGCUCUGCUGGGAGAGCCUCGCCUGGGCCGGGUGGUGUCUGCUGUGAUUCAGGAAGAUCGUUACGAAGUCAACGUGACCGUCAGCUUUGUGUCGGCCGGGCGGGAAGGCCAACAGAUCUGUUCUACAGAACAGUGGUUUUGUUUGUGUCUGACAGGAAGCGAUCGGUCCACAGGUGUGAUGAAACCUCCUCAACGAAACCUGACACUCAAACCUGCGGUGAAGGACGUCCAGCUGCUGAAGGAGCUGAGUCCGGGUCGCGGUCAGAUCGGCGUCAUCCAGCAGCUCUUGGACCAGGGGGCGGACCCCUCCUGCUGCGGCAGAGAUGGACGACACGCUCUGGUGGUUGCCGUGGUGAACGGUCACCAUGAUGUUCUUCCUGUUUUAGUGCAGCGAGGAGCCGACGUGGACCAGCAGUCUGGACAGAUGAAGAACUCAGCUCUGCAUGAAGCAGCAGCUCGGGGCUCUGAGGGUCUGCAGUGCGCUCAGGUUCUGCUCAGCUUAAAGGCGAGCGUGGGCCGGAGGAACGCCAGCGGUCUGACGGCGUACGACGUGGCGGUGAACUCCGGCUGCGACAACAUGGUGUCUCUGCUGGCUGCUCGGACCGGACUGGACUUACUGGACAAACUGGGAAGAGUCAAAGUGAACCUGGAUGUUUUCUGA